AUGGGAGACCUGAGUGAAAACCUUGCUGUGUCCAUGUCCACGCCUGACCCACCCCAGGAUUCAGCGGUCUCGUGGCACAAUGGCAGCGCCAUCGCCGUGUCUCGAGUGUGUCCUGUGUCCCUGCCCGUGUCCCCGUGUCCCUGCGCUCCGCCCGUGUCCCCAGCUCCCCUCUCUGUCCCGUCCCCGUGCCCGCCCGUCUCCCCGGUCCCGCUGUCCCGCCCCGCCCGCGCUUCCCGGAAAGGUUCCCCGUUCGCUUCCGCCGCCGCCAGCCCCGGCUACCGCCUCAGCACCCUCAUCGAGUUCCUCCUGCACCGCACCUACGCCGAGCUCACCGUGCUGGCCGACCUAUUACCAAGAAAGACUGAUAUGGAAAGAAAAAUAGAGAUAGUGCAGUUUGCAAGUCGCACUCGUCAGCUCUUCGUUCGUUUGUUAGCCUUGGUCAAGUGGGCUAAUAAUGCUGGGAAGGUGGAAAAGUGUGCGAUGAUAUCAAGUUUCUUAGAUCAGCAAGCCAUCCUGUUUGUGGACACUGCUGAUCGUCUGGCAUCCCUGGCUCGAGAUGCUUUGGUUCAUGCUCGACUGCCCAGCUUUGCCAUCCCAUAUGCAAUUGAUGUCCUGACAACUGGAUCCUACCCUCGGCUGCCCACCUGCAUUAGGGAUAAAAUAAUCCCUCCUGACCCAAUAACAAAGAGUGAGAAGCAAACCACACUUCAUCAGCUAAACCAGAUCCUUCGCCAUCGACUCGUGACUACAGAUCUCCCUCCACAGCUGGCAAAUCUUACAGUUGCCAAUGGCCGUGUGAAGUUCCGAGUUGAGGGUGAGUUUGAGGCCACCUUGACAGUGAUGGGUGAUGACCCUGACAUCCCCUGGCGCCUUCUCAAGCUGGAAAUUUUGGUUGAAGACAAGGAAACUGGUGAUGGUCGAGCCUUGGUUCACAGCAUGCAGAUCAACUUCAUCCAUCAGCUGGUCCAGUCCCGGCUGUUUGCUGAUGAAAAGCCCCUUCAGGACAUGUACAACUGCUUGCAUUCCUUCUGCCUGGCUCUUCAGCUGGAAGUCUUGCAUUCACAAACGCUAAUGCUGAUCCGAGAGCGCUGGGGUGACCUUGUGCAAGUGGAGCGGUACCAUGCAGGGAAGUGUCUCUCACUCUCUGUUUGGAAUCAACAGGUACUUGGCAGGAAAACAGGGACUGCGUCUGUCCAUAAGGUCACUAUAAAAAUUGAUGAAACUGAUGUUUCAAAACCCUUACAAAUAUCUCAUGAGCCUCCACUGCCAGUCUGUGAUUCCAAGCUGAUGGAAAGAGCCAUGAAGAUUGACCACCUAUCAAUAGAAAAACUCCUAAUAGACAGUGUCCAUGCAAGAUCUCAUCAAAAACUCCAGGAGCUGAAAGCCAUUCUUAAGACCUACAAUGUUAAUGACAAUUCCUUCAUUGAGACGGCUCUCCCAACUCUUGUAAUUCCGAUUUUGGAACCAUGUGGUCGAUCAGAGUGCCUGCAUGUAUUUGUUGAUCUCCACUCUGGAAUGUUCCAGCUGAUGCUGUAUGGUGUUGAUCAGCAGACACUUGAUGACAUAGAGAAGUCUGUUAAUGAUGAUAUGAAGCGAAUCAUUCCUUGGCUUCAGCAGCUCAAGUUCUGGCUUGGACAGCAGCGCUGCAAACAGUCUAUAAAACAUCUGCCUACAGUGAGCAGUGAAACUCUUCAACUAGCUAAUUAUGCCAGCCAUCCAGUGGGAAACCUUUCCAAACAUAAACUGUUCAUCAAACUCACUCGCCUUCCCCAGUACUACAUUGUUGUGGAAAUGUUUGAUGUUCCUGGCAACCCCACAGAACUAGAGUACAAGUACCAUUUUCUGUCUGUGAGCUAUGCUGAAGGAGAUGACAGCCCUGCCACUGCACUUUUACUACAGCAGUUCAAACCAAACAUUGAAGAGUUGGUACUGGACACAAAAAGUGGCAAACAAGUGAAAAGUGGUGUCAAGCGCAAGCUAUCUGGAGAUCCAUGUUCCAUAGAACCCAAGAAACCAAAACGGUCGGGAGAAAUGUGUGCCUUCAAUAAAGUGCUAGCUCAUAUUGUAGCCAUGUGUGAUACAAAUAUGCCGUUUAUAGGGCUUCGGAUAGAGUUAUCCAAUAUGGACAUUCCUCACCAGGGAGUACAAGUAGAAGGAGAUGGCUUCAGCCAUGCAAUACGUUUGUUAAAAAUUCCUCCCUGUAAAGGUGUAAAUGAGGAAACGCAGAAGGCUCUGGACCGGUCUCUUCUUGAUUGCACUUUCCGACUACAAGGUAGAAAUAAUCGCACGUGGGUGGCCGAGCUGGUGUUUGCAAACUGCCCGCUGAACAGCACUUCAUCCAGGGAGCAAGGACCAACCCGUCAUGUUUACCUGACGUAUGAAAACCAGUUGUCUGAACCGGUUGGAGGUCGCAAGGUGGUCGAGAUGUUCCUUAAUGACUGGAACAGCAUUGCUCGCCUGUAUGAGUGUGUCCUGGAGUUUGCACGGUCCUUACCAGACAUCCCCAGCCACUUAAACAUUUUUUCAGAAGUUCGGAUCUACAACUACCGAAAACUUAUCCUUUGUUAUGGAACUACCAAGGGGAGCUCAAUCAGCAUUCAGUGGAACUCCAUCCUCCAGAAGUUCCACAUUUCACUGGGAACAGUUGGCCCAAACUCAGGUUGCAGUAACUGUCACAACACAAUUCUGCACCAGCUCCAGGAGAUGUUUAAUAAAACGCCAAACGUGGUGCAGUUGCUACAGGUUUUGUUUGACACUCAGGCUCCAUUAAACGCCAUCAACAAACUCCCGACCGUGCCCAUGCUGGGGCUGACCCAACGCACCAACACUGCCUACCAGUGCUUCUCCAUCCUGCCCCAGUCCCCCACGCACAUCAGGCUGGCCUUCAGGAACAUGUACUGCAUCGACAUCUACUGCCGCAGCCGCGGCGUGGUGGCCAUUCGCGACGGCGCCUACAGCCUCUUCGACAACAGCAAAAUCGUGGAGGGCUUCUACCCCGCGCCUGGCUUAAAGACAUUCCUGAACAUGUUUGUUGACAGCAAUCAGGAUGCACGGAGGCGAUCUGUAAAUGAAGAUGAUAACCCACCUUCUCCUAUUGGAGGAGACAUGAUGGAUUCUUUGAUAUCACAGCUCCAACCCCAGCAGCCUCCACAGCAACCACAACAACAGCCAUUUGCAAAACAGGCAGGAGCCUCGGGAGCAUAUCCUCUCACCUCACCACCCACCUCCUACCACAACACAGUGACACCCUCCCCGUCCAUGAUGCACACACAGUCACCAGGAAAUUUGCAUGCUGCAAGCUCACCUAGCGGGGCUUUAAGAGCACCAUCACCAGCAUCCUUUGGUCCAACUCCUUCACCUUCCUCUCUUGGAAUCACAAUGGGACAAACAGCUAACUUUGCCAGCCCACAUGGUUCCCAAGUCAUGCCCACAAGCAUGCCUCCACCUCGGAAACUACCUCAGCGCUCUUGGGCUGCAUCCAUUCCUACAAUCCUCACCCACAGUGCCUUGAAUAUUCUGCUCUUGCCCUCUCCUACCCCUGGGCUUGUGCCAGGACUAGCUGGCAGCUAUCUGUGCUCCCCUCUCGAGCGAUUCCUCGGGUCAGUGAUUAUGAGGAGGCAUCUUCAGAGGAUCAUACAGCAGGAAACGCUACAGUUAAUAAACUCCAAUGAACCAGGUGUAAUUAUGUUUAAGACGGAGGCACUGAAAUGCAGGGUUGCUCUCAAUCCCAAAACCAACCAGACCUUGCAGCUGAAAGUAACACCUGAAAAUACAGGACAGUGGAAAUCAGAGGAGUUACAGGUUUUGGAGAAGUUCUUUGAAACAAGGGUUGCAGGACCACCUUUUAAAGCAAACACCCUGAUAGCCUUCACAAAGUUACUAGGGGCUCCCACGCACAUCCUCAGGGACUGCGUACAUAUCAUGAAACUGGAGCUGUUCCCUGACCAGGCAAGUCAGCUGAAAUGGAACGUGCAGUUUUGUUUAACAAUCCCUCCCAGCGCUCCACCAAUUGCACCUCCAGGAACACCUGCUGUUGUGCUGAAAUCCAAAAUGUUGUUUUUCCUUCAGCUAACACAGAAAACAACAGUCCCACAAGAAGCUGUUAGUAUUAUUGUCCCAAUUAUUUAUGAUAUGGCUUCGGGUACAACGCAACAGGCUGACAUUCCCAGGCAGCAGAACUCUUCUGUUGCUGCUCCAAUGAUGGUUAGCAAUAUUCUAAAGAGGUUUGCUGAACUGAAUUCACCACGACCAGGUGAAUGCACAAUAUUUGCAGCCGUUCGUGAUUUGAUGGUUAAUCUUACGCUGCCCCCUGGGGGGCGUCCCUAGACACUUUUAAAAGAAGGCUGAAAGUGAGACAAAACAGCAAAAAAAAAAUUAAAAAAUAAAAAUAAAGCCUUCGGUUAAAAGAGGACGUUUUAAUUUUACCUUUUUUUCUAAGAGCUAACUAUAAACUGGCAAACUUUCAGGGAUGCACUUUCAUCACAUGAGUAUCACCACGACUUUUGUAUAGUGCUGUUGUAUAGUGUGUUUUAAUGGGAGACACUUCAGACUAGGUAAUAGAUUGAAGUAUCAGCUUGCUGGUAAUAGAUUUAAUAUUCUGUUUUAUACUAUAAAGAUUAUGAAAAUGCCAAACUUGUUUGUUUUUCUGUUUUUCUUAUGUUUUGGUGUAAUAGUCUUUUUUUAAGGCAGGUCUGUCAUUUUUGAAUACUGUAAAACUGUGACAAACUUUAUAUUGAAGCUGUAUUUUAAUAUGACUGCUUUGAAUCCUUAAACAAUUUAUUUGGGCUUGUUGUAAACAUGUCCCCAAAAAGCAAUAUUUAAUA